CCUCACCGUCUUAUUCUUGCCCUCGUCCUUCCCUACCUCACACGAAACUGAAAUACCUCUUGCGCUUUAUAGAUCACACAAUCCACUACUAUAGAAAUACCUCCAAAGCCGGAAUCACAACUACCCCGGUCGCAGCGGAACGCGGAGAUUAAUUACGACAUGCAGGACCUAGAGGCACAAUCUAUGGUGUUGCAGUACGGGGUGCAUCUGGAAAAUGACGAGAGAGAAAAUGUCGAACGCGAAGUCCAAGCAGCCAAAGAAGAAUGCCGACAGCUAGCCACAUUAUUCUACGCGAAACUCCCCAGAGAGCUACGCGACGAGGUAUAUGCGUAUUCCUGCGUCGAGGACGACUCCCUUUGGAUCGACCAUAUCCAAGGUGGAGGACAUGAAUCUUCCCCUCCAGAAUACGACUUACUCGAUGAAAGAAUAUAUCCAGCCUACACCCGUGACGACGUUCGGUACAACCAAGACAGAGAAUGCGACGUAUUGGAAAGAAGAGCCGUGCUGAACAGCGAGUAUGUUGGGAGGGAAGUAGCGCUCGAGGCCGCUACAGUCUACUUCUCGCAAAACACCUUCUAUGUUCUUUUCGACAAGGACCUGCAGAGCUUCUUGGCUCGUGAUCUCCUUGGUCUCGGCAUUCAACCGGGGAAGUACGUACGCAGCCUGCACGUCGCUAUACGAUGCGAGCCCUUGAGCAGAAAGAUGGCGUAUCGGCACGACUUCGAUGGUAGUGCAGAGGCAGCGUUUCUGGAUGCUAAAGCCAGGAACCUCCGAAAUGGCCUUGCGAUGAUGGCGAACACGGCGAAACUGGACAUCCUACUGGACAUCACCACCAAUUUCAAAGGAUUUAACUACGAGUAUUAUAGGGGUAGCACUCCGCAAGCUGAAGAAAAUCGAAAGGAUGAUGAACGCUGCCUAUCAAAUAUCCUAGAAGCAAUUUGGACGCCAGUUCAAGAUUUGAUCGUUGCUGGGAGCAACGUCAAGGUCGCUCACGAUGAUCCUUUUGCCCACUAUCGAAGGAUAGGCCGGCUGUUCGACGGCACCUCUGUGCAACGAUGCAAGGAAUCCCAGGACUCUUCCUCACCGCCCAGUGCGCAUUAUAUUUCCCGUCGCACGUUGACGGCCGGUGAGGACUUCUCGUUGCGCGCCUAUUUGCAGCGGCGGUGGGGGGAGGAGCGGAUUGCGGAUGCGGAAUAAGAGCGCCGAUGGGAUCGUACGUACCAGUUGGGGAACGGUUGGACGAGAGUGAGAGAGAUUACAUGGCAGAAUUAGGUUUCAGUGGAAAGAGGUGCUAUUAGGAGGAGCACAUUGUGGAUAGCACGACCACGGCGCCAAAUCGCAUUUGCAGCCCACGGACUUCUUUCUUCGCCGCUGUCACCGCGCCUUCCUCCAAGCGUUUUCUAAGAGUUUGCUAGAGUGCGGAAUAUCCAUUGAUCGCUGGUCUCCGUGCGACGUCCCCGUGUAACAAGGAUGGCAGGUCGACCCAGUCGCUGCCAUUGGCCUUCUCCCCCAUCAGAUCGCAGAGAAGACUUAUCAAAG